UCGCUAGAAUCGCGUCGUGCGUCGAGUGAAUCGCCUGUGUUGGCUGCAGGCUCUUUUGUAAUAUAUUACCUUUAACAACGAUCAACAUUAUUACCAGUUACAAUUUCAAUUCCAUAAAGAAAUCAUCGGAGUAAUAGUGACAGUUAAAUAUUUCCGUUGAUUUCAGAAAAAUUUUGCGUAAAUGAUAGCCCAGCAGAUUAGGUGAAGUGAAUACAUACAGUACACGUAGAAAAUUGUAUAUUAUACGUACUCCCAAAUUGAUCCAACGCUGAAAGUAGUAGCUGCUUCGGUAGUCUUUUGUUAUUAUUUUAUCCAAAGAUUUUCCCUUGUUUCUAGUUUAUUAUGAUAUACUGGCUGCCAAAGAGGCGCUUUAUCAAAAGGUAGAGAGUCUAAUUGGUGGAAAUCUGAAGAAGUGCGAUGACAGGUGUUAUGCUAAACUCUAUUGCGAUCGGAAUUAGACGUAGAGCAACGCUAGACGGUCACCUACUGUGAAAAAUUGUGUCCGUCAACUUCUUCUUCUCCUCCUCCUCCUCCUCCUCCUUCUUCUUCUUCCAAUACUUCGGUUUGAAAAGUGUCGAUAAAUCGUGUUGAGAAAUCAUGAAGGCUCUCCGGUGCCUUUCCUUGGUUUUGGCUCUAUCUCUGGCUGCACUUGUUUUCUCGUCUACCGGAACAUUUCUUUUAUGGGCGAUGAAGGUAUCGAUUGUCACCUACUUAAUCGUCUUUGGAAUUCUACCGCUCGUUUUUCAUUACUCCUACACGAUACAAAGGAAAAUAUUAUUCCUAAACUUUGAUAUUCUCGUUGAUUCAGUUUACUGGCCUCGAAGCGUGGACUUUGAAAAACCAGAAGCUGUGGGACUUGAAGGCGCCCGGAAUUUCUACGUCAAGACUGAUCAAGAUGUGAACAUUGGAGCAUGGCAAAUUUUACCUCGAUCUCUAUUAAACACGUCAAUUUCUUGCACCUCUGAAGCAUUCGAAUCUGUUUUGGCAAGUUCAAAACGUCCGGUUAUUCUGUACAUGCAUGGAAACAGUGGGAACAGAGCCAGCGGACACAGACUGGAGUUGUACAGGCUUUUUCAAAACCUAGACUACCACGUUGUCUGCUUUGACUACCGAAGCUAUGGUGACAGCGACGACGUCGAUCUGUCCGAGACAGGAGUCGUCGCAGACAGCAAGUACAUGCUGGAGUGGUUGAUAAAAAAAGUAAAGAACUCUGCGCCAAUUUAUGUCUGGGGUCAUUCGCUAGGAACUGGAGUCGCUUCGCAUGUCCUAGCUCUAAUGGCAUCUGAAGGUGUUCGUAUUGCGGGUCUUUUCCUGGAAGCUCCUUUCAACAAUAUUGCGGAUGAAUUGAGCGAGCACCCGUUUGCACAGCUAUUCAAACACUUGCCGUGGUUUCAUUGGAUGAUUGUUCAACCGUUUUAUGACAACGAAUUGAGAUUCGAAUCCGACAAACACAUUACAAAGAUCGAAUGUCCGAUUAUGAUUCUGCACGCUCAAGAUGACGGUGUCAUACCUUUUUUCCUGGGCGAGAAGUUAUAUAAGGCGGCUUUGGAGUCCCACGGAAAUGAAACGCAACGAGUUCAAAUGGAACGGAUAGAUGCUGCACUAGGUCUAGGUCACAAGUGGAUAUGUAGAUACGACAAACUGCCGGAACUGAUUACAAAUUUUCUAGCCAAAUCGACCAAAACUACUCAAGCUUUAUGAAGCGUUUGACCAAAGCAUGUCAGACUUAGUAUAAUUUUUUUACCAUGUACGUCCGGACGAAGAAAUGUUCAAUACUCUUUCGACGGUACCCGAGAAGAUGGAUAUAGGCGAGACGAUAAUGCGGGAGAAUUAGAUAUCGUCUAGAAAAGCGGUAAAUCAAUAUUUUUUUAUAGCAUAUUUUCUUUAUACUCUAUUAUAACUUUCACUCUCAGGUCUCAAUUAUAGCAUCGAACAAUAAUAUUAUUACGUAAUGGGCAUAUAUAGAUAGGUAGGUAAAAUAGUUGUUUCUAGUGUGAAGAGAAUUUUUUAUUCGCAUCAAAUUUCAAAUCAACGAAUUGCUAUAUGUUUUUUUUGGUUAAUAUUCCUUUCGCACGCCGGAGGACCAGUCACGUUUCUUGGAGUAUUUCAUAAGUAGCUGUUAGGGAAUUGUCAUGCACGUUUGCAAAUGGAUUUCUCAACGUUUUUCAGACUCUUUCAACGAGUCAAAAACUACUUAAAGUAUAUCUACGCACCCGAUCUUUAAGAUCCUUGUAUACAAUUUAUGUAAUUCAAUAAUCGUGUUUUGUUGAUUAUAACUCAAGGCUUGCUAGACUAUAUUGCGAUGCAAAAAAUUCAUUGAAGAAAACGUUCUAAAAGUUAGUUUACGACGCAAUGUUCACUGUAAAGACAAAGUGUGGAAAGUAGCGAAAAUUAUCGAAUGUUUUUACGACGAACAUUUUGCAAGCAAACAUAUUAGGAUGGCUUCAUUGCAAGUUCUGGAGUGUCGUAUUGGGAUUCUUCCAACUUGACGCCGGUGCAAUUCGAUAGUUGUUAAUUACACGUCAAACGUGUAUAAUAUCAACGAAGCAACGCUUUUGUAGAUUAUUGCAAUCACGUUGGUGUUCGAUAUGAAACUAGUAUUACUACGAUCAACGAUUGGUACGUAUACGCGUAUUGUAUUUCGAUUUCCUCAACGGUAAAUGUAUACAAUACGUUCGUUGUUGUUAGGGUUUUUUGUAAGUGAUAUUAUAUUUAAAUGGCCACAAAUGGUCCUUGUCCUACACUUUUAUUGUACACAAGGUAAACAAUUGUUAUAAUUUUCUUAUUUAAUUUACAAAUUAAUAUUCUACUCUUCGUAUUUUCUCGUGCUUCAUAUCUCAGGCCUUUUGACCUUUCACGUAUUAUCAGAUGAUGGGCAAUAAGAUUGGAUGACUUUUUUUUAAAACUGUGUCAAGAAAGGAACUCGUAAGCUGAAAAGAAAAGAUAGAGAGGGAGAUAGUGAGAAAGAGAGCAAACUGGAACAUACAGCAUCAUAUGCAAACGAGAACACAAAAUAUAUGUUGAAGAGGUAAUAACAAUACAAAAGGCGAAUGUUGGCAAGUAACAGAAAAGAACAAAAAAUAUGUACACAUACGCAUAUGUAUAUUUAUUUAUUUGAAAAUUAAAUUCACUCAGUAUGUAAUACGCGAUGCGUAAAGUUGGUUUUGAUAAAACAGAUUGUUCACCCGAUCCAUCCUUACCGACGUGUCUAGAUGUGGUGAAAAAAAAGUGAAUGAACAAAACGAAGAAAAAAAAAACUACGCAGUGAAUGCGGGUAGAUGGCGCAGCCAGUCCGUCUGUGAAUGCCGGAAAUUUCCUAGAAAUAGUCCGCCAUACCCAAGAGGACAAUGAACCCCUCCCCCUCCCCUUUCGGUCGUUGAUACAACGUUUUACGAAUCGAAUGAUGAAUAAAUCCCUCGUGGUACCAAUAAGGGGCGCAUGACGAAAAAAAUGAACAAAAAUCGUAGAAACGUUGAAAACAUGUGACCGAUAGUGUGUCGUGAUGGUAAAAUGCUAGUGUUCGGUAUCGAAGAGUGCCGCGUAGUUGUAUUCGGCCGGUGAAAAGUCGGUUGGUACAGCAGGGCGACCGCCCGCGUAGGUAGAAUUGUUACGCUUUCGAAGUGGCCGCGGAGGAAAAAACUCGAAGUAAAAAGUAAAAAGACUAAGGCAAAAGAAGAGGGGUAGCAGAAAAAAAAAGAAAGAAAGAAAGAAAGAAAAAGAGAUAAAGAAUAAGAAAGAAGCAGGGGGAAAAAAACUACGCCGUUGGUUCGUACGGCUCCUCGGGUUUGUCGACGAGACGACGACGACGACGAUGACGAUGCGCGCGUUACUCGGCGUGAGCUGCGCAGUAUCUCACUGCGCACGGGGCUUGUUUUGCUCAGUCAAGGAGAGUACGAGAGUACGAGACGCGGCUACAGCACGGGCAUGGUUGAUGCUCUCGUGGUACGGCAUUGUAGUAAACAACUCGCGUUCGGUUUGCGUAUCAAUCGUUGAACAUCUCUGAAUCAAGGGUGAAUAACGGUGUUGUGAUUACCGGUCGAUAUUAGCCGGAAGUGAUAGGCGGUAAUAGUUUGUUUUUAGUGCUGUUGGUGGUCUUUAACCUCGACAAAGUGGUGCGUCUGGUGGUGGUGGUGGUGUAGUGGUGGUGUGAUGGUGGUGGUGCUGCUGCUGCUGCUGUUGGUACGUUCGAAAAAUGUUGCAGCACGGGUGGGCAAGUUUGGAACGCCACAAGAAAACUGAGCCAGUGAUCGCUAAAGUGGGGGGAUUGUGAAGAAGGAAAGAGGAGCAAGAAGAAGAAGAUAAUUAAAUAAAAUAAAAUAGAAGAAAAUCGAGCAGCGGAGGCAGAAAUAAAGUGAAUUAAAUGAACAAUUAAUUAAACGUUGAAGGAAAAAUUAACUGUCAAUUUCCAUCAUCAUCGUCUUCUGCUUCUUUGUCGUCGUAGUUGUGUUUUCUUGGUCCGACCGUGUCUGACUCUUUUUCUUCGUUUUAUGUGUGCGUGUGCGUGUGUGUGUGAGAGAGAGAGGGAGAGAGAGAAGAAUUAACAUCGCUUUUUGGAAUUAAAUUACAUACCGUCACAUGACGCGUGUCGUCCGUAAACAUAACAAUGUGAAAGUUAUUGAACCAAAGUUGACGUUAGUAAGUGUAUAACAAAUAACGAUUAACAACGAUUCGAAGAAUAAUUCGAUAAAAACUGUUGUAUAAAAAAGAAUCACCUCGGAAUAAGGGUUGUAAGAGACGAGAUAAAGGGGUUGGGAUGGUGUACGUGUGUAAAACGACGAUAUUGUGAGAGAAGGAAAAAAGAAAAAAAAAAAAGAUGCUGAAAACUAUCGAUGACAUUGUACGUGUAUGCGGUGUAAAGAAAUUGAAUAAAAGAAGAAAGAAAU